AUGCGCACUGCACCGACAUCCAGCCAGGCUCCCGCGUCGACGCCCCUGGCCGCGGAGGAGGAGGCUGGCCCGUCUGGCGGUGUGCUGGCGGAGGGCGUCGACUGCGUGGCGGUCGACUGGUACUCGGGCGGGUGGACGGAGCGCGGCCAGAUCACGGCCGCGCUGCGCGCGAGCGACGCGCAGCCGUGGACGCUCGUGCGGCAGCACCUGCUCGCCUUUUGGGAGCAGCAGCUGCGAGGCCGGCCGGUGGUCCUCAUCGGCGCCUCGCUCGGCGGCGCGGUGGCGAUCGACUUUGCGUCGACGCACCCCGAGGCGGUGGAGAAGCUGGUGCUCAUCGACGCGGGCGGCGAGUCGUACAAGGCUCCGCCGCCCGACACGGUCGCCGCCUUUGCCAAGCCCGUGCUCGCCGUCAAGGGCCUCUUCCAGGCCGUGCAGGCGAGGCUGCCCGACGACGCGAGCCGCAUCGUGUCGCUGCACCGCGCCGAGCCGGGCUGCUACGAGGCGAGCCUCGCCUACCUCGAGAGCGGCUCGAUGGCGAGGCGAGUCGGCCGCGAGCGCAUCCAGCAGGUGGCGCAGCCGACGCUGGUCGUGUGGGGGACCGAGGACGACAUCCUCCCGCUCUCCGACGCCUACGCCUUCGAGAGGGACCUGCAGCACUGCGUGGGCGUGCGCGAGGUGCCCGGGAGCGGCCACUCGCCCCAUCUCGACCAGCCCGAAGCCGUGCUCGCGCACUUGCGCCCCUUUGUCGCGCAGCGGUGA